AUGCGCUCCCGCGGCCAGGACUGGCUGGUCGACCAACUCAUGCGAGACGGGGUGGUGGCCCACUCAGACGUGGAGCGGGCGCUGCGCCAGACUGACCGGGCUCACUACGUGGACAGCGGUAUCCCGCUGGCCUACAUCUACCAGGCAGGAGGCCUGCUGUGCUGCGCUGCGGGCACCCUCGUCGCCAGGGCGGUUCAGGAGAAGUAA